CUGCGCGCAUCGGUGAAGCAAGCACGGCCUCUCUCCGUCAGAGACGGGUUCUGCAGGCUUGCUAGCUUGGGUCUGAGUGAAUAAGACAUGGCGAACCAAGUGACGCUUCGCGGAGUUCCAGAGUCUCUCUCUGCAAAAUUUGUGGGAACGUUUGCGUACUUGACAGUAAGGGACAGACUGCCAACCAUUCUUACUAAAGUCAUCGACACCAUCCACCGAAACAAAAACAAAUUCUUUGAAGAACACGGGGAGGAAGGCGUCCAGGCCGAAAAGAGGGCAAUCUCUUUCCUCUCCAAACUUCGUAACGAGCUGCAGACAGACAAACCGGUGCUGGCCCUGACUGACGAUGGCGUGGACACGGACAUGUGGAACCAGUACCUGCAACGGCAGCAGAGCCUAAUGGAUGAGAACGAGUCGCCGAGCUGGUUCAAGUCACCGUGGCUGUACAUGGAGUGCUACAUGUAUAGAAGGAUUCAGGAAUCUAUACGUCUAAAUCCCCCGAUCUGUGAUUUUGAUGUGUUCAGAGCAGCCAAAACGCAAAGCUACUUUGAGUCUCAACAGGCCAUAAUAGCGAUUUGUACGUAUCUCCAAGGACUGAAUAAAAACAUGAACGACUUCUCUGAGGAGCAGCUUAUGGGCCAGUUUCUGAAACUGCUGCAGGUCUCCUUGUGGGGAAACAAGUGCGAUCUCUCCAUCUCGGCGGGUCAGGAGAACUCUCAGAAGUCCAGUCCUGUGGAGGCCCUGGAGGAUCUGAAGUCCUUCAUCCUGGUGGACGACUCACACCUGGUCUGGUCCGCCUUGACGGGCGGCAAGACCCCAGGAGGGUCAGGGAAGCCGCAGGGAAGAGUGGACAUCGUCCUGGACAACGCGGGCUUCGAGCUCGUCACCGACCUCGUCUUCGCCGACUUCCUGGUCUCCUCCGGCCUGGCCAGACAGGUCCACUUCCACGGGAAGUCCAUGCCGUGGUUCGUCUCCGACACCACGCGGGAGGAUUUCAGCUGGACCAUAAGGCAGACCAUGGCGGCCAAUCACAAGUGGAUGUCGAAGAGCGGCGCCCAGUGGCAGCGCUACGUGAAGGACGGCACCUGGUAUUACCACGACCACCCUUUCUGGACCCUGCCCCACGAGUUCUGCGACAUGGCCGCCGACGCCCCCGACCUCUACGCCGCUCUUCAGGAGGCGGACCUCGUUCUCUUCAAGGGCGACCUCAACUACAGGAAGCUGACGAGCGACAGGGACUGGGCGCACACCGAAACCUUCGAGAGGGCCCUGAGGGGGUUCCAGCCCGCCCCCCUGUGCAGUUUGAGGACCCUUAAGGCCAACGUCCAGGUGGGCCUCCGACCCGACCAAGGGGAGAGCCUGACCGCUCGAGAGCCCGGCUGGAUGACCAGUGGAGCGUACGCAGUGAUACAGUUCUCCAGCCAUCACAGAGAACAAUAGGUCUUUCAUUUCACGCCCAAGUUUACCGACGAGCUCGAGGCAAAAAGCAAAACCGCAGCGUUAAAAACGGCAGACCGAUGUUACUGUGGAAAAAUCGGAAAGUCGUCUUGCAUGACGUUCUACCUAUCGUUUAAGUGCUGCUCAAGGCAUAGCCCUUUUCACCCGUUUUUUUUUUUAGUUAGGGAAUUAACUGGUAGAACACUUCGGUCACUGUUUUCAGCUAAACUUGUAUACAAGCAUUCAAUGCUUAGUUUACAUAUCGCACCUUACUUCCAAAAUUACCAUGUCUUAUUUUUCCUAUUUUUACUGGCUUCCAUGGGCAGGCAGCGUGCUGCUUACAGAUGGUGUGUUUUUGCAUACUUCCAAGAUUUCCAUCUCAUCCGGACAUAGGCCAUUUUUACUGUAUUACUGUAUAAUAAGUAUAUUUUGAAUUAAGAUAUGCACAUGGGAUUUAUACUGCCUCUAAUACGUUAUGGGCAUUUAUGUUAAGGCAAAGAACGUUACGUAGAACAUUUUGUGAACAGUCCGGACAUCUCCAAAUAAAUUCAGCUUCAUACGGUCUUUUACAUUUUACCACACAAUCUAGGCUGACUUAUUCUCUAAUGAUACCUACUGUACCAUAUUAGAGAUGUAAUGAGAGUUUCAGUAAGUGCUGCUAACACCGUGAAUGACCCUAAAAUGAAACAUUUCUUUAUAAUGUUACACAUUUUAUGCGCUCUCCUACGUUCUUGUGAACAGUCUUAAUGUCCAAGAUUUUUUUCGCCCUGGAAGUUGUUCUGGCUGCACUGUUUCUUGAAGCAUCAGGGCAGCGUCUUGCGUACAGUAGGCUUAACAAGGCACGAUCUGUUAUUGGUCAGUUUGCUUGUUAUUGCAGUCUGUGCCGCUUCCUCUUCCAACUAAUUUUAAGUGCAGCAGACUGAUGUUUUUUUAAUGCAUGCGCUCGGUCAUGCAUCGAAGUUUACACAUUAUUCAAACGUUUUUUUUUUUUUUAACGGUUCGCAAUAGCUGAAGUAAGGAUUUCAGUCAGGGUGUUGAAGGAAGCUGUCGUUCGCUGACAUUGGGACACUUGCAUCUGCAUUGGAUGAAUAUUGUGUAUGUAUUCAAAAAUAAAUUUAAUUGCCUACUUGGAA